UUCAACAAAUUCAUCUCUCUCUACUCUCUCACACACACAAACACACACUCAUGCAGUUUUUGAAGAAAUGGUUCAUAAUCACCAAUCACGAUUACUGGCGCAUCCUUAUCCUCAUCAUUCUCUUUCCUCUCUCUUUCUUCCUCCUCUUUCUCUCUGUAACUUCCCCCACCGGCUUCAUCUCCUUAUCCUUCUUGUACAAACGCGCGGCGGCGGCAGCGGCGGCGGAACAGAGCACCAGGGUGCAAGGAUCGAGAAUGGCGGUUUGUUUGGUAGGCGGCGCUCGGAGGUUCGAGCUCACCGGACCGUCGAUCGUCAAAAAUAUCUUAAAUAUUUACCCUAAUUCAGAUCUCUUCAUUCACAGUCCGCUUGAUUCAAACGCCUAUAAACUAUCUCUUCUUAAUCUGGCGCCCAAAAUCGCGUCCGUGCGUAUCUUUAAACCCGAACCCGUCCCCCAAACGGAAUCGCAAACGCGAGUUCUUACAGCCAGCAACUCGCCAAACGGCACACAGGGGCUUUUACAGUAUUUCAACUUAGUGGAAGGGUGCCUGGCGAUGAUAAAAUCGUAUCAAGAAGAGAAGAAUUUCACAUACGACUGGAUAGUCCGAACCCGGCUCGACGGAUACUGGUCCGCCCCAUUGAAACCCGAUAAUUUCAUCCCGGGUAUUUACGUCGUCCCUCCAGGUUCAUCCUACGGCGGUCUGAACGACCGUCUCGGCAUCGGCGAUUUCGAAACCUCCUCAGUCGCACUCUCCCGUCUCUCUCUGAUACCCCAACUCGACGCCGCCGGUUUCCGGCAACUCAAUUCCGAGUCAGCAUUCAAAGCCCAACUCAACGUGAAACGAGUUCCUCAUAUAGAACUGUCCUCACCCUUUUGCGUAGUUUCAGACAGGACAUACGGUUACCCUCCGGCGAGGUACGGUGUUCUUGUGGCGGCGAUGUCGAGCAAGGGACCGUUAAGCGGGGGGAAAUGUCGGCCGUGUGAAGCUGCCUGUUAUGGGCGGUGCUUGGAGACGGUAAUGCCGAAUCUUGAGCGGGGGGGAUGGAGCUGGACGGCGGAGUAUUGGGGAAACGGAGCUUUGGAAUUGUGUGAUGCUCGUGGGGAGUGGGAGAAAGGGUGGGAGAAGUUGUUUGAUCGAACGGCGGGAGGGGAGUUAGCGGCCGAGAGACGGCGAAUUAUUGGUUUGGAUAUUGAGAAAUGUGUGAUGGGGUUUGAGAACAUGAAAGGGAGGACGGCGAUUUGGGAUGCGCCGGAGGCGGUGGAGAUAUGUGGGUUGGGUGGUUUGCAGCCCAAUUCGUCUUCCUAUGUUCAAUUGAGUCCUGACCAGAGGAGAAGAGUGUAAAAUCGAUAUUGGUAAACA